AGUUUAUUAUUUUCGUCCUGUAAAUUGGCGGUGUGAUAGUUACAAAAUAAUUUAAAUAGUUCAUAGUGAAAGCCUCGGGAAGAUGGACAGCGAUACCUUAUUGUCCGAUUGUUUCACCUGCAUGCGACGAACCGACAACUACUUACGUAUCUGUGAUGACUCCAACACGGAAGCUGUGGAUCGGAUUCUGGCAAGACACUUUUGGUUUGAUGAAAACGAGUUUAAAUUGGCGGUCCUAUGUACCAGCUGCUGGGAGAAAAUAGAUGAUUUCAAUAAGUUUUACUGCAAAGUAGCGGAGCUACAUAAUUGGGAAUUUGAGAGCAAAGUAGAUAUAAAAGAAGAGGCUGGAAAUAAUGGCACUUUAUUUUGUGUUUCAGCCACUGUUAGUGGGAAAAGAGGCCGUAAACGCAAGUGGCCACCGGUGGAAAAGAGUGAACCAGAUGAGAUCGAAUCUACGGAGGAAUUCAUUCAUGUUCCUAUGAAAAUGGAAGUUGAAACUGACCAACAGGAGCAAGUUGAGGAGCGGAACAUUUUCCCCGUUGAAGAUGAGCAACUGAAACAAGAAUGUGACGAUGAAGAGGCCGAAGGGUCGAGUCAUGAUGAGAAUGAUAACCAAAAUGAUGCGAAUUUCGAAGAAGACGACCAGGAUGAGGAGGAUUCUGAAGAAGAAUCGUCAAGGCCUCUCGCUAGCCGAACUCGCCGCACGGCGAGUAAAGCCGGUGGCAGUCGGCGGCGUCUUCGGAAGUCUGUGUCCGGAGCGGAAAAAGAUGCACUGAUAAAGAAACACUGGGACAAACUGUCGUGCGUUCUGUGUUCGGAGCUGUACACUACCUUCACGCUGCUGGAGAAGCACUGCCAUAAACAGCACAACACCCUGCCGGAGGUGGUUUGCUGUAGCCGCAAGUAUCAGCGACAGGUUAAUCUGUACGAGCAUUUGCGGCGACACAAGUCGUUGCAUAAGUUCUACUGUAAGGAUUGCGAUCGCAGCUUCAAGAAUGUAGAUGGUCUUGCAAUGCACAAUAUGCUCAACCACACACCGGAGGAGGAGAAAAAGUUCCACUGCCAGCAGUGUGGCAAGGCCUUUGCGGCGGAAAUAUUGCUCACCAGUCAUCUGAACUGGCACGCCACGGUCGAGCCGAAAAAUAUUGUCUGUGAGAAAUGCAAUAAGUACUUUACAAACAGCAAACGUCUCGAAGAGCAUCUGAUCACUCAUCAUCCGGAACAGAUGAGCGCAGUAGAAGGUAUUCCUGCAGACGCAGGAAAUGGUUUGCACCAUCAGGACGAACAAUCCGAAACGGAAGGUGAAGGGGCCCCGCUCGAGUGCUCGAUUCGAAAACCCUGCGAACCGCUGAAACCAUUCCAUCGAAAGUCCCCGGAAGAGUUGGCCAAAGAGGACGAACUUAUUCGCAAGUACUGCACACUGAACUGCGAGAAGUGCAGCUUCUCGGCCGAAACCUUCAGCAAGCUAGAGGUGCACUAUAAGCACGCGCACGACGAGCGGCGCGGUUAUGCGACGUGCUGCUUUCGGAAAUUCAGCAAACGAAGCCGGCUGUUCGAGCACGUUUGCGUUCACGAGAAUCCCGACCACUUUAAGUGCGAGAUUUGUGCCAAAACGUUCCAGAACAGCUUCGGACUGACGAAUCAUAUGAUGUGGAAGCAUACGCCCGAUUCGGAGAAGCCGUUCAACUGUGAUAUCUGUGGGAGUCGGUUCUGGAAGGAUUACCUACUGAAGCAGCACAUGGAGUACCAUCUGGCUUUGGAGGAGAAGAAGUUUGCCUGUAAAGAGUGUGAUCGGUACUUCGGAACAAAUCUUCUGUUAAAAUCACAUGAGCAAACGGUGCACGGGCUAAGCGCUAGCUGGGUGUGUGACAUCUGCGCCAAGGGAUACCCGUUGAAAUCGGCACUGGAAUUUCAUCGGCAGCAGCACACCCAAGAGGGUCGGGCGGCAAUGAAGGCGCAAUGCGAGUACUGUCACGUGUGGCUGAAAAACAAUCGCAGCUUGCAGAGCCACCGAAAGCGGUGCCGAUCGACGCCGGUCCGCUGCGAUGUGUGUGCAAAGGAGUGCUCCAACACGCAGUCCCUGCAGAGCCACAAGCGUUUCGUUCACUCGGGCGGACCACGCUUUUCGUGCUCCUUCUGUGCGAAGCCAUUCAAGAGGAUGCUACGUCUAAAGGAACACGAAGCUGGUCACACCGGGGAGCUGUUGUAUAAGUGUGAAUACUGCCCACGGACAUGCAAUUCGAGCUCAAAUAUGUACACCCAUAAAAAAGUGGCACAUCCAGAACAGUGGGCGGAAAAAAUGACACGACGAUUCCAUCAGCGGUAAA